UUGGCACGAGGAGUCCACCACCUAGACCCGAGGGCCCAUUCUACUUCGCGCACUCGUGUCAAAACCAUACGCUCCAUUUUUUGAGAUUCAUUAUUUCACAAUCGAGUGCCCGUUCCCGUCCAUUCAGGGUGUUUACCCAUAACUGGGGAAUCCCGUGAUUAACUCGUUCACAUUGUUAUUGCUAUUUUUUUUUAAGUGACGUGAUGAGGUGACUGGAUUGAUGAGGAUUUUUGGGGUAGGCCACGACGCAUUCCGUCAACCGAUCGUCAUGUGGAAUCUUCUCAACCUGUGAGAUCAGAAAUCACGGAUUGGACUGAUGAAUUAAACGGGACAAUCUCAGCCAGUGGACAGUAUGUGGAUAAUAAAUGAGUUGAAAAUACUCGUUGAUGCCUGCGGAGUGAAGUCACAAGUGUCUAACGAUGAUGUACACGAGGAUGGAGUACGACGAACCACGCGGCUCAUUGAGCGUCAUAUUGAUUAAUCGUUAUCGCGGCUGCACCACGUGGACAUCGACGGCAGAUUCUUAACACCAAGAGGAAGACAUUCUGCGUUAAAUAUGGGGAAUGGCAUGAACAAGGUGUUGCCAGGUUUGUACGUUGGGAAUUACAGAGACAGCAAGGACGAGGCGCAAUUGAAGGAAUUCGAAAUAACCCAUAUAUUGGCAAUCCACGAUGCAGCCCGGCGUCUUCAUUCCGACAAGCAUUACUUGUGCAUCCUGGCAGCCGAUACACCCGAUCAAAAUUUAACUCAAUACUUCUCCCUUUGCAAUGAUUUUAUUCAUGCAGCACGACUCAGGGGUGGAAACGUCCUCAUACACUGUUUGGCUGGAAUGUCUAGAAGCGUGACAGUUGCUGUGGCCUAUAUAAUGAGCAUCACGAAUCUCUCGUGGAAAGAGGCACUCAAGGUAGUUAGGGUAGGUCGGACUGUUGCUAAUCCAAAUGUUGGAUUUCAACAGCAACUCCAGGACUUUGAGGCUACUCGUUUGCAGGAGGAACGUAAGAGGCUCAAAGAGCGUUUUCCCUCGCUGGCUUUAACUGCAUCCGAUGCAGAAGCAUGUAGAGCCACUCUCCGGAAUUACGAGACCCUGGCACUUGCACGGGAGGUUUGCGAGGGAAAAUGCGCAUUGGGAAGACAGUGUCCCACAGGGUUGUGUAGACAGCCCUCCAAAAGACAAUUGAGGAGAAAAUCAUCGACGAGUAGCACCGGUAGCUCGGGAUCUGGACGUACACCCCCGCAGACACCACGUCUUUUACCGUCCGCUCCACCCUCACCAGCAAUGCCAAGGUCAUCUAGUGUUGUUUCGGCUAUUAGACCGAGAAGUGGACCAGCUGGAUUUAACACUUACACAGGAUCUGCGCCACCCUCACGAGCGGUGUCGAGGGUGGAUUUAUCGGCGGCAGUUGCUUGUAGUAGCAGUAGCAGUAGCAGUAUGAGUCUUAACACAGUAGGACGAUCUGGAGCAGGAGGAAGUGGGUGGCGGGUGAUGACGGGCUCGGCACCGGUCACCCCCAGGACAACACCACCAGCCUCACCCCAACACUGGCCACGUCGCACAUCCCGUCAAACCCCCCAGCUACCAACUCAACCUGAAUCAACAUCCUCUCUCUCAUAGCACCACACUUAUCCUUAUUAUUUCUCAUAAAAUCACCCUCACACUCAAUCUCAAAUAAUUUAUUUCACUUUUUUAAACUUUAAUCCUUCAAUUCAACAGAGAAUUUAUCCAACGAAUUUCUCGACGUGUUUAUUCAAUAUUUUGUCGACAAUCGUCAUCAAUUAACUAUUAAAUAUUUAUUUUUGUUUAUUUACUCAGUAAA